CGCCCAGCGCGGACCAUGUCCGCCGAGCCUGAGCUCAUUGAGCUGCGGGAACUCGCCCCCGCGCGGCGCCCGGGCCUGGGCCGCACUCGGCUGGAGCGCACCAACGCGCUGCGCAUCCCGCCGGGCCCCGCGCGCAACCACGCGCAGCAGCGGGGACGCGGCCACCGCUUCCAGCCCGCGGGGCCCGCCACACACACGUGGUGCGACCUCUGCGGAGACUUCAUCUGGGGCGUCGUGCGCAAGGGCCUGCAGUGCGCGCACUGCAGGUUCACCUGCCACUACCGCUGCCGCGCGCUCGUGAGCCUGGACUGCUGCGGGCCCCGGGACCUGGGCUGGGAGCCGGCGCUGGAGCGGGACACGAACGUGCCAGAGCUGCAGGAUGAACCCGUGCAGUGGGAGACACCUGACCUUUCUCAGGCUGAGAUUGAACAGAAGAUCAAGGAGUACAAUGGGCAGAUCAACAGCAACCUCUUCAUGAGCCUGAACAAGGACGGCUCCUACACAGGCUUCAUCAAGGUCCAGCUGAAGCUGGUGCGCCCCGUCUCAGUGCCCUCCAGCAAGAAGCCACCCACCUUGCAGGAUGCCCGCCGAGGUUCAGGUUCAGGGCGGGGCUCGGCCGUGAGGCGCCGCACCUCCUUCUACUUGCCCAAAGAUGCCGUCAAGCACCUGCACGUGUUGUCGCGCACGCGGGCGCGCGAGGUCAUUGAGGCUCUUCUGCGCAAGUUUAUGGUGGCGGAUGACCCCCGCAAGUUUGCACUCUUUGAACGGGCUGAGCGCCAUGGCCAAGUGUACCUCCGGAAGCUGUCUGAUGAUGACCACCCCCUGCAGCUGCGGCUCAUUGCUGGGCCCAGUGAGAAGGCCUUAAGCUUUGUCCUGAAGGAGAAUGACUCUGGGGAAGUGAACUGGGAUGCCUUCAGCUUGCCUGAACUACACAAUUUCCUGCGCAUUCUACAGCGGGAGGAGGAGGAACACCUUCGACAAAUCCUGCAGAAGUAUUCUUAUUGCCGCCAGAAGAUCCAAGAGGCCCUGCGCGCCUGUCCCCUGGGAUGACCUGUUGUCCCCCCUGCGUGGAAGGAGAGUAGGCAGCGCCAAAGGCGUGCCGCGUGAGUGUGACAGGGCCCGUGCGGCUGGAGAGUGAGUGUGCGUGGAGGCCCUCUCUGGGGGAGGAGCCGGAGAACAGUGAAGGAGUUGGGCGCCUGUGUCCACCGGUGGGUGUAGCAGAGCAGGGCUUCUGUCCUUCAUGUGCUGGACCAUAGUGGGCCAGGGCUGCCCUGGGAGGCUGCUCCAGCAAGCAGGCUAGAACACACAGACUACCCUUCCUUUGUGUCUGCAACACAUUGGAUUAUGUUUGCUGGGAUGAUGGCCCUCAACUGUGGGGAGAGAUUGUAUGGUUUGUGUCUGUCAGAGCCAAGGGUGGGUGCUUAUGCAAGCAUCAGGCAGAAUUCAGGUUUCCUCUCAGUGCCGUCUGACUCCUUCCACCCUGGGGUCAGGGCAUGCUUGUUCACUGUGCAGCAACAGUGCCUCAGUGCCUCCAAGGAGGCUGUCCCUGGUCCAGGGUUUGCCUGAGUGCGGGCGCUGGCCCAGGUCUGUGCCUUGCUUGCCGUUUCAGAACCAGGAUAUUUCCCUCAAGUAUUCUGAUAAAGUGUGAAUGUAUGUAAUAGGGCCUCUGCUGAACGCCUCCUGUGGGGUAAGGGGUGGGGGUAACAGUCAUCAUCAGGGCCGAGAAAACUGGCUGAAUAAAGACUAAGAAUUCUCCUGC